UGAAACUAGAGCUGUAAUUUAAUAGUUGCAUAUGUGUGUGUGUUUAUUUGUAGGAGGCCCAGCAGACGGUCAGCUUUUUCCUGGAGAUCAGAUCCUAAAACUGAACAAUAAAGCCAUAGAAGAUCUUUCGCCUGAAAACGUGGAGCAGAUGAUUAGGGAUUGCCAGGACUCUGUAACCAUGACAAUCCUCAGAAAUAUGGUGAAUCCUAAGUCUUCAUUCAUAACAGCAGAGAAAAGAGCUCGUCUGAGAAGAAACCCCGUUAAAGUGCGCUUUGCAGAAGAGGUGGUCGUCAACGGACACACUCAGGGAAACUCUCUUCUCUUCCUGCCCAACGUUUUGAAGGUGUACCUGGAGAACGGCCAGACCAAAGCCUUCAAAUUUAACAAGUCCACCACUGUCAAGGAUAUCGUGUUGACUCUGAAAGAGAAGCUGUCCAUUCGAUGUAUUGAGCAUUUCGCACUGGUGCUGGAACAGCAAUAUAACAUCACCAAACUACUGCUGCUGCAUGAGGAGGAGCUCAUACAAAAGGUGGUACAGAAGAAGGAUUCCCAUGACUACAGGUGUCUGUUCAGAGUCUGCUUCAUUCCCAGAGACCCAAUGGACCUCCUGCAGGAUGAUCCUGUGGCGUUUGAGUACCUCUUUCAGCAGAGUGUGGGAGAUGUGUUACAGGAACGCUAUGCUGUAGAGAUGAAAUGUAACACAGCGCUGAGACUAGCCGCUUUGCACAUGCACGAGAAACUGGCAAGCUGUGGACAGACCGCGAGGGCAUCUGUUAAGAGCGUUGUCAAGGAGUUUGGUUUAGAGAGCUUCAUCUCUCCCACGCUGCUGAGGAACAUGAGAGACAAAGACCUACGGAAAGCUCUCAACUACCACAUGAAGAAGAUCCAGUCACUGCUAGAACCACAUCAGAAGGUGAUUUCUGUGUCUCAGGCCCGGUUGGCUUAUCUGACCCAGAUGGCGGAGCUGAUUUCAUACAGCGGAAGAAGCUACAAUGCCACCAUGCUGUUGCAGGACAGGGAGUCACUGGUGACUUUGCUGGUAGGAGCCAGAUAUGGGAUCAGCCAAAUACUAAACCACCAGCUCAACAUGAUCUCCACCAUCAUAGACUUCCACUACAUCACCCGAAUAGAGGUACUCUCAGAGUCCGACAGAGUCAGCAUGCUCAAGAUUUACCUGCAGGACAUCCAGCCAAUAGCCCUGUUAAUGGAAUCGGUAGCAGCUAAAGAUCUGGCCUGCCUCCUGGCUGGAUACUGCAAACUGCUGGUUGACCCCAAUAUCAAUGUGUUUCGCUGGGGACCCAGACCUAAAAUGCGACGCAUUCCGGCAGAAGAAGGGUAUGUUUCUCGGUGUGGGAGCGAUUCAGAAGACAGUUCAGAGGAUGACUAUGCCAUGGAGGGACUGCUGGACACUCAGCUGUCAGAGGACACUAUGUCUACUCAUACAAAUGAUGGCACAGAGGAAGGAGAGGAAGCCGAGGGGAAAAGUGAAGCAGAGGCAGAAAAGGUUAGAGUGAUUGUAACGCAUCCCUUUUUAGAAGAUGAAGGAGAUGAGGCAAGCAAGAGAGAGUCUGUUGGAGAUGAGGAUUACGCCAUGAUAAUGGAUUCCCUUUUGGAGACAGGUUGGUACACAGACCCUCGAGUCAACACCAGCUUCUCCAGUUUGUCUAGUAACUCGCUAAAUGCACUGGAGGAGAGUAUUAAGGCAGCCAUUGGUGGGCUUGGCCAUAUGGACGUGUCUCUGGAAGAGAAACCCAGUUCUGGUGCCUCGAGUCUGGAUGUCCACCACCCUUACCUCCUGGAGGUGCCAGAGCGUUUGGAUGAGAGCGGCAGUUCAAACAAACUAAGACGACCUUCAGAACUGACCUACGAUAAUCACUCAGGUCUUUGCUUCUCUGAGCUCUCUCAAAUGUCUGACAGCUUGCCAAGCCCACCUGCGGCCAGCGACGAUGCUUUGAGUGAGGAUGAUGAAGGAGGAGACAGUGGAAAAGACAGUCGCAUUUCUGCCAUGUCAGCAGAAUUUGAGGCUGUGUUAGCCUCUUGUACCCCUAACAGCAUAAAUGCUAAAUUAGCAGGAGUGAACUUUCAGGCAAUCUUCACCAGGAUUCACAACCAUCCAGCAUGUAGACAAGAGGGAAAAAGCUUCCCACAGAAAAAGAUAAAUGAAGCUAAACAACAGGGGCCAUAUUCAAAAUUAAUAGCACAAUCUGUGCUGAUGAGAGCUGUGCCCUCAAAUGUCCCUGAAAAAGCAAAGGACUCCAGAGACAGUUGUUCAGAAUCUGAGGAUGAAUUUUUUGAUGCCCAAGAUCGAUUUACCCCUCCCAUCACAGAGCAAGGCCUCGCAGAGAAAAGCUCAGAUUCUGAGAACAAACAUCCUUCUUUUAGUGACAUUAAGGUUAGUGUGGACAACAAAAAAGCUCCAGAAUCCAGAGACAGCAAAGAGAAGGACAGCGCCACACCAGAGACCCUCAAAAAAAAAACUUCUCUUGCCAACCAUUUCACCCCUGCAAUCCCUGAGACUAAAAACCGUGAAUUGGAGGUCCAUCAGCCUUCACUGAUUUUUAUCCCUAAACCUACACCGGUGGAACCUAAAUCUUUCUCUGCUAACCACUCCACGGGACAGAAAGCCCAGCACUGCAAUGGAGACAUCCCUGGCCGAAAUCCACACUUAUCAUCGCAGCUUCUAGAGAUGGAGCCAGACACCAUGGAGUUUAAACCAGUCACAGGGCCUGGACCACCAUUGUCUUCCUCAUUAAUAACAGCUGUACGCCAAGCUACCUUUCCCCAACAAACCUUAGUAGACCCAGAGACUGUUCAAAAUGGUCUGAGACCACAAAAUGGAAUAACUGACCAGGUUUCAGACAGUCUAGAUAAAGAGACUACUCCAAAUCAUGUGGAUCUUGAGAUACUUGAUAGUCAAGAUAUUAAGCCAAAUCAGAAAGAGCCAACAAAUGCCAAAGGAACAACUGAAUUUGGGAAAAUAACAGCAGACAGCAAGAGUCCUCUACAACAACAGUCGUCAGACUCUCUUGAAACCAGAAAAUCAGAAAAUAAAGUGCCCCAGAUGAACACAAAGCCUCCAAUACCUCCCAAGCCAUCAUUCAUUGGUUUACAGCCAUGCUCAAAGGCAGUUAAUGCCCAGUCACAAAAGCCUGAGGAAAAGACAAAAGUUCCCCCCAAUGGUCUUUCUCUACACUCCUGGUCUCAGAGAAAUGGUACCAGUACCUCCCCACUCUCUACACUGAGUAAGGGUGUUUCUCUAAGUCAUGAGAACUUAAGAACUGAACUAAAGGCUGAAAGCUCUACAGUCAAACCUACAAGUGCUUCAACCACUCCUACCCCAUCUCCAUCUCCCUUACCUUCUCCUUCAGUUCAAUCUGUAAAUAUUGUUCCUGAAGAUCCAGCUCAAUCAGGGACUAGCUUCUCCAGUAGAACAGGCUCGUCCGGACGUCUGUCUGCCACAGCCUUGCGGGGAAAAAUUCAGGAUAUGCCCUGGGACCUCACCCGUUCCCAAGAGAUCUUGGGGACAGUAGCACUCAGCAACACUAUUUCAUCAACAGGCAAUAUAGCAACCAUUGCAACAGAUGUGAAUCAUGAUUCCAAGAAGGUAUCUCCCAAGGCCACUUCAGUGCCAUCCUUGAUUGACUGGAAAGAGAAAGAUGCUGAAGUAGUCAUUGUGAAGCUAAAAGAUGGACCUGAGGAAGUGACCCCAACUCCUGUUAAAGACACUAACGGGAAACCUCCAACAUCGUCAAGCCAUCCUGACCUGAGGCAGAAAUUUUCCACAGAAGCUACCGAGUUGCACAGGCAUUUUGGGACCUGCAAGUCUGAACAGCCUCAGUCACACAAAGGUAACCCUUCAGAGAUUCAACUUGACAAUGCGUCCUCUCUAUCCUCCACAAGUCCUUCCCAUCGUGAUGCAUGUGGCUGCCAUACAGUCUAUGCCAACUGUUUCAGCGGAGAUACAGAGGACAACUGCAGCUUUGAUGAUGAUCUGACUGUUUACGAAUUCUCCCGUCGAAACCGCACAAGUAAACCACCACAACCCACCCCGGUUCCAUCCCCUGCAACCCUCUCUGGUCCCUCACCAAAUGUUCUCUCCCUACUCAGAGAUUCCCCUCGUCCCCUACCUUCAUCCUCAGAACUCAGUCCACUCCUGGUCCCUCCCAGACCUCUGGAAUCUCUGCCUCUAGACUGUGGACCAAUGAAUAAUCCGCUCCAUUUUUUGCAAGGCCACCGUUAUGUUACUGGUCAGAAAGGUGCAGGGCUUAAAGACAGCUAUGUCUGUUUGCAGCGAGAUAUUGAUGAACUACUUAUGGUUUUGAAGAAAGGACCUUCUGCAGUAUACCCUCCAACCCACAAGGGGGAAUGCGAAAACGGCAAUGUGAAUGUGAAUUCGCUUUCAGAGACAGAGAGAUGCCUGGUUCAGGCGGAGGCACGGAGAUUGGCGUCAGGAUGUCAGAGAGCCACACGGGUUGGAUGGGCACCUGAUGAUGCUCUUCUGUCCCUCAGAAACAGCUUUGGAGCUCUAGUGCAACUUACCUCAACCUGCAUGCGAGUUCCUUGUUCGGACUGCGGAGGCUCUCAUGGGGAUAUUGAUGCAGAUGAGGCCCUGAGGAAGCUUGAGGAGAUCGUGGACCUGUAUAAGGAGUUUGUAGGUGCUGUAGAGACAGCGAGAGAGGGCGAAGGUGUCAGGCUCUUAGCCAAGCAGUGUACUGUUCUCAUUUCAACUGUCUUCUCGCUAACACAACUGUUUCGGACACGGACACCAGACAUAGACAAUGGAAAUGUACCUCUGAACUUUUGAAUUUUACCUUCCGGCACCCUCUUAAGGGAUUGUAGAGUGUGAGCAUAGAAUUGUACUUAAAGUAGCGAUGACUUUCUGGCAUCUAAAAACUGAUUGUGUGCUGGCACACAAGAAUAAUAGUAAGUGCCGUGAACGUACACACACAGUUAGCAAACUAACAUGUCAGAAGUGUUAUGUGUUAACCUGUUUGUCUUGCCAAGUCUCCCUAUAAACAUACUGGAAUUAUGCAUUCAGACAUAGCUAUUUUCUAACGGUUCUUUAAUUCCCGAUGUAUGUACAGUCUGUAGUAUGUAUUUAUUUUUUUGCAUACAGUAUAUGCGCACUGUGGUUUCUAACCUACUAUACCUGCAUUUUGUUUUUUUUGGGUAUAUGUGAAUCCCUACCUCUUGCUCUAAUAACUGA